AUGGAACCUACCAGUCAAAAUGAAACCGAGUCUACUAAAACCACGGGGGAGAUAGUAAGCUCCAAAGAAGAGGUUGAAACAAAUCAAGAAGUAACAGAAGAGCAGACAAGAGAGGAAAUCGAAACAGUUAGCAACAUUCUCUCCUCUGAUAUUGACAAGGAUAAAUCUAAAAAUGCAUUAAUGCUCGAGGCUGCCAAGAAAGAAAAGGACAAAGGAAACGAGUACUUUAAGGCCGGCAACAUUGUUGAAGCUUUACGGCACUACCAUCAAGCAUUACUUAACAUCAAUGGUAUACAAAACAACAAAUCACAUGCAAUCUUUCGUCACGAACAAAACAAGGAAGCUGAAAAAGAUGAAUUGCAAGAAGAGAUUAUAAAGACUCAGGCGCUUAUACAUAGCAAUCUGGCUGCCUGCCAUAUUAAAGGUAAUAAGCCUUCACGCGCUAUUGAAUGUGCAAACAAGGCUUUGAAACUUGAUCCUGACAAUGAAAAAGCCCGAUUUCGACGUGCUCAAGCUUAUAUUUCUGAAGGAAAUAUUGAUGCCGCAGCGGCAGAUUUAAAGAAACUAUCAAAUCCCGAUGAUCCUAUGGUUAAGCGUGAAUGGCAGCGACUUAAGAUAAAAGACAAAGAAAUGGAAGCGAAACAACGAAAAGACUUGAAAGGAAUGUUUGAACGAAUGAAGAAACAGGACGAAAAGGAGGAGGCUGAAAAGAAAAAAAAAGAUGCAGAAUUACAGUCAAAUACAUCACUACCAGAAAAUUCGGCAAACGAACCAAAGAUCAAGGAGCUUGAGCCGGAAGUCGACGAAAAAGAGCCAAAAAUCCAAGAAAUAAUCCAAUAA